AUGUCUACACCGAAGCUUUGGACAAUCAGCCUGCUACACCAAGACUUUAUUUCUUCCCCGAACGUGCGAAGUCGCCAAAAUGCCGCUGAAGAAAACAGAGAUAAUCCUAUAAUCCUAAAAUCCUAUAUGUUAGAUAAGGUUAAGGAACUUCAGGGUAAUGCUGCUUUAGACAAUCUCUCCCAGAUUUGGUUGAUCAUGGCAAAUUACCAAAUAGCAUGGGAUACUUUGGUGAAGCGCUAUCAUAACAACAAGGUCCUUAAAAAGAGGCAGGUUCAGGCUCUUUUCAAAUUACCAACAUUGGGCAAGGAAUCGUUGGUGAAAUUGAGGUCGUUAUUGGAGGGUUUCGAGCGGAUUGUCCAAACCUUGGAUCAGGUGGUCCAAGUAGCAGACUACAAGGAUUUGCUUCUCAUCGAUCUUCUCAGUUCACGUUUGGACCCAGGUUCUCGUCGCGCAUGGGAGGAAGCGUCAUCUGCCAACGAGCAGGACACCUUGAAGGAUUUAGUAGAAUUUGUUCAGCGUAGAAUUAGAAUUCUUGAAGCUUUACCCAUCAAAUCAGUUGAAGCGAAAUCGGAUUCUUCGUCUGGAGCUAGAAAGGUGCCAGGACAAUUUCGUUUGGGACACAACGCGAUUCAAUCAGGUGGAACUAGGUGCCCGGUGUGCUCAGCAUCGCAUUGGUUGCAUAAUUGCUCAUCGUUUCAAGGGAUGCCAGUUUCACAACGAGAAACAACGAUUCGUAAUAACGAUCUCUGUCGAAAUUGCCUUGCGAGAGGUCAUCAGGCACGGGAUUGCACCUCCAAAUAUUCAUGUAGGCAAUGCAAAGGUCGUCACCACACUUUGGUGUGCUUCAAGGCAAACGGGAAGCAACCAAGAAGGACUUCGUUCGCUCAAGAUGGUGGAAAAUCUAAAGAAAGUGGCAAUUCUUCGACUCCCAGUACAGAUCAGGCGAUUUCUAACACGGCGGCCAACGAAAGGGUUUCUUCAAAUACUGGUCGAGUAAAGGAAACAAGGAUACUUCUCGCAACAGCAGUGGUUCUCAUCGAAGGUGAAGGUGGAGUCAAAUGUCCAGCAAGAGCAUUGUUAGACUCAGGCUCCGAGUGUAAUUUUAUGUCGGAAAAAUUAUGCCAGAUGUUGAAGGUUACGAGAAAGAGCACGGAUGUGUCUAUCAUCGAAAUAGGGAAUUCCUCCGCCAAGGCAAGGUUUCGCGUAGCUGCAAGGAUUCGUUCUAGAGUCUCGGAUUACGACCAGAAUAUGGAAUUUCUGGUAUUGCCUAAGGUCACCGCAAACUUACCAUCAAAAUCAUUGCAAAUCACGACUUGGCAUAUUCCUGGCGAUAUACAACUGGCAGAUCCAUCAUUUUUCAACUCACGAUCAGUUGAUUUGGUCCUAGGGAUUUCGAACUUCUUCCGCUUUUUUCGAACUGGCAGAGAAAUGUUACUUGGAGAAGGACUACCACAGCUUACAGAAUCGGUUUUCGGCUGGGUGGUGUCCAGGGAAGUUUCACAUAACAGUCAACCCCAACUCACGACAUGCAACAUGGCAGCUUCAGGUACGAUGGAGGAAAUUAUGGAGCGAUUUUGGUCUUGCGAGGAGAUUUCGGAUCCUUGCAACUACUCUCCCGACGAGGCGCGCUGUGAGGAACAGUUUGGGCGCACAUUUCGUCGAGAUGCCGAUGGACGGUAUAUCGUGACACUCCCCAAAAUCGAACACCAAUUGGAAAAACUAGGAAACUCAGAAGGCACAGCUCGUAGGAGGUUUUUCAGCUUGGAGAGAAGAUUAACAAGGGACGCAAAUUUGCAUGAUCAGUACAAAGAGUUCAUGGCCAGCAGCGGUUUCCACUAG